AUGGAAACGUGUGUGCUAAUACCGCAGGAAUUUGCGCUGGCCGUGACUGGUGUGGGUGCACGGAAUUCCCGGGACCAGACGGCAACGGUCUGGUCCAACACGGCUAUCCCGCAAGGCACGCUGUGCUAUCCUUUCCAAGGCACCGUGCGCAUCGACAAUUUGGACGUUUAUUCCACCAUCGAGGAGGACGAUAUUCGACACCGGUUCGGACUGUACGACGAGAUCACCAGUGUCAAUGGACGAACGGUACGACACUGCAACUGGAUCCGGUUCCUGCGAGUGUCGGAAACGUACGGCCCACAGGUGAACGUGGUCUGCGCCAAGGUGAAAGGUGAGCCGAUCUACGAGAUCGUGAAGGCGAUCCCGUCGCAUCAGGAGCUGGUCGUCUACUAUCUGCCCGAGGGCCCCGAGGAGCUGUUCUUCAUCCGGAUGCGUAGCCAGCUGUAUCGCCAGACGAUGGACUCGAUUCUCGAAGACUCGCCGCUGGACCUUUCGACGUCGCUCCUGUCGCGGGUGAUGCUACCGAUCUCACCGUCAUCGGGCGCCGAGGACGAACACAAGUCGGUGUCGGGCGACGACUCAUCGAUCUCGAUCUCGUCCGGUGCGAGCACCGGUGGGGAUCGGUGUGACGGCGCGCUGGAUCUCGAGCUGGCGGCGAUCUCCACCGGACCCGGGUCCCGCGCCUCGCCCAAGGCGCGUCCUACGGCCCGUUCCGAGCGGGCCAUGUUACCGUGCGAGGUGUGCGGCAAGGCGUUCGAUCGUCCUAGUCUGCUGAAGCGUCACAUGCGCACGCACACCGGCGAAAAGCCGCACGUGUGCGGUGUGUGCGGCAAGGGCUUCAGCACGUCCAGCUCGCUCAACACACACGUCCGGAUACAUUCGGGCGAAAAGCCCCACCAGUGUCAGGUGUGCGGCAAACGGUUCACCGCCAGCUCCAACCUCUACUACCACCGGAUGACGCACAUCAAGGACAAACCACACAAAUGCAGCCUCUGCUCCAAGUCCUUCCCCACGCCGGGUGAUCUCAAGUCGCACAUGUACGUCCACAACGGUUCCUGGCCGUUCAAGUGUCACAUCUGCUCGCGGGGCUUUUCCAAGCAGACGAACCUGAAGAACCAUCUAUUCCUGCACACAGGUGAUAAACCGCACGUGUGUGAAAUCUGCAACAAAUCGUUCGCGCUUGCCUGCAACCUGAAGGCCCACAUGAAGACACACGAAGACACCGGUUCGAGCCACGAAGGUGAAUCCAACCGGAGCACCCACAGCCACAGCGAGGGCGAAGAGUCGAAUUCGUCGCCAUCCUCGCUGCAGGGCAGCGCCGUCAGUGCGGGCGCGUUCGAGAAAGCCGAUGCGGACCGUUUGGCGAACUUCUCCAAGCACCUGCUGUUCUCCAGCUACACCAAACAGAUGCUGUCCGGGGUGGGCUGA